AUGCCAAUGCCCCAGACAAUGCCAUCCCUCGGUCACAAUCCAAACCACAAUUUCCGUGUAUGCAGUACCUGGGGAAAUUACCACUUUAAAACCUUUGAUGGUGACGUUUAUUAUUUUCCUGGAACCUGCAAUUAUGUCUUCGCUUCCCAAUGUUUAAGUAGUUAUGAGGAAUUCAACAUCCAGAUGAGACGUUCCAUUGUCAAUGGCUUACCAAGGAUCACUCACAUUGUCCUGAAAGUUGAUGGAUCAGUUAUUGAAGUACAGAAUUCAGUUACUUUAGCUGAUGAUAAUGUUGUGACAUUACCUUACACCCAUUCUGGGAUUGUGAUUGAGAAAGUCAGUAAUUAUAUCCGUAUCACCGCAAAGAUCGGCUUGACUCUCAUUUGGAAUGGAGAUGACGCCCUCACGCUUGAACUGGGCCAACAGUUUGUCAACACAACAUGUGGGCUCUGUGGUGAUUUCAAUGGCAUACAGGAUAAUGAAUUUUUUUUGAAUGGAUACCACCUGACUCCUAUCCAGUAUGGAAACUUACAGAAACUGAAUGAUCCCAAGGAGCAAUGCAAUGAUGUAUCUUCAUCUGAUAAUGAUAAAAAUUGUUCAAAUUUUGAAUCCAUGUGUGAAAGAGCUCUCACAGAUCCAGGUUUUUCCAACUGCUAUGAUAUCUUAGAUUUAGCACCUUUUAUCAAGAGCUGUAUGCUGGACUUAUGCCUGUGCAAGGAUUCAGAAAAUCCAUCAUCCUGCAUGUGUAAUACUUUAUCAGAAUUUUCUAGACAAUGUGCUCAUGUUGGAGGUAAACCCAGCAACUGGAGAAGGAAAGAAAUGUGUGAGAAGACAUGUCAAUUUAAUAUGACCUAUGAGGAGUGUGGUAUUCCAUGUGCGGACACAUGCUCAAAUCCUGAUAGGAGCCAGAUGUGUGAGGACCACUGCAUUGAUGGCUGCUUCUGUGCUCCAAAUACUGUUUUUGAUGAUAUUUCCAACACUGGAUGCAUUCCAAAAGAACAGUGUCCCUGUACCUACAAUGGAUUAUCCUAUGCACCUGGAGAGUCUUAUUCCACCAAAUGCAGUAAAUGCAAUUGUAAUGGAGGACAGUGGUCCUGUACUGAUCUAUCUUGCCCUGGGAUCUGCUCUGUUGAGGGGGGAGCUCAUAUUAAUACAUUUGAUGAAAAGCAAUACAAAUUCCAUGGGAAUUGUCAUUAUGUUCUUGCUAAGGACUGCAAUAAUACUUUCUUCACUGUCCUUGGAGACCUGCAUCAAUGUGGCAUUACUGAAUCUGAAACAUGCUUAAAGUCUGUAUCACUGACUGAACAUAGAUCUCAAACUGUAAGUCAGAUCAUUACAAUUAACCCCAGUGGCCGUGUGUCUGUCAAUGGAAUCUUUACAGAAUUGCCUUUAACCGUUGCUAACCUCACCAUUUUCAUGCCCUCGAGUUUCCAUGUUAUCAUUCAUACUUCUUUUGGGCUGCAGCUCCAGGUACAGUUGGUGCCUAUCAUGCAACUUUAUAUAACGCUGGAUUCUGUCUUCAAAAGUCGGAUGUGUGGUCUUUGUGGAAACUUCAACAAUGUACUCAAUGACGAAUUUAAAAUAGUCAGUGGUCUUGUGGAAGGAACACCUGCUGCCUUUGCAAAUACCUGGAAGACUAAAGCCAGCUGCCCUGACAGAAAAGAUAUUCAUGAAAAUCCUUGCUCCCUCAGUGUCGUAAAUGAAAAGUAUGCUAAGCAUUGGUGUGGCCUACUAUUAGCUGACAACUCUACAUUCACUCAGUGCCAUUCACAUGUCAACCCAAAUCAAUACUUUGAGCAAUGUAAAUAUGACAGCUGUAACUGUGAAAAAAGUGAGGACUGCAUGUGUGCUGCCCUUUCUUCUUAUGUUCAAGCCUGUGCAACUAAAGGGAUCGUCAUUUCCAAUUGGAGGAUGAAUGUAUGCUCCAAAUACCUCACCUGUCCCAAGACUCUCAUCUACAACUACAAUAUGACAAGCUGCCAUCGCACUUGCAAGUCCCUAGGAGCACCAGAUAAAACAUGUGAGAUUGACUUUGUGCCAGUUGAUGGAUGUGGUUGUGCUACUGGAACCUACAUGGACGAAACUGGCAAAUGUGUACCACCCUCCAGCUGUCCAUGCUAUUAUAGGGGGUUGACAGUGCCAGCAGGAGAGGUCAUUCAUGAGGAAGAUGCCAUGUGUACCUGCAAUCAAGGGAAGCUGGAGUGGAUUGGAAAAGAAUUAAAACUUCAAGCCUGUGUUGCUCCCAUGGUUUACUUUGACUGCAAUAACGCUUCAGCUGACAGUGUUGGUACCGAAUGUCAGAAGAGUUGCCAAACCCUUGAUAUGGAGUGUUAUGCCACAGGUUGUGUUUCUGGAUGUGUAUGUCCUGAAGGUUUAGUUUCUGAUGGAAGUUGUGGCUGUAUCCCUAUAAAUCAGUGCCCAUGUACACAUAAUGGAAUUCAGUACCAUUCUGGGGACAUUGUGCAGGUGGACUGUAACUCAUGUGAAUGCAAGAAUAGAUUGUGGACCUGCACAAACCAACAGUGUCAUGGGACAUGUAUGAUCUAUGGAGAUGGGAACUACAUCACUUUCGAUGGAAAACGUUACAACUUUAAUGGCAACUGUGAAUACAUUGUUGCACAGGAUUAUUGUGGAAAUAACACUUCUGAUGGCACCUUCAGAGUAAUCACUGAAAACAUGCCUUGUGGGACCACUGGAACAACAUGUUCUAAAUCAAUUAAAAUCUUCUUGGGGAACUUGGAAAUAAAACUCUCAGGUGGAAAGUAUGAAGUGGUGAAGUUUGGUAGCGGCAAACACAUUCCUUAUGAAGUGCGUUAUCUUGGCAUUUACCUUGUAAUUGAAGCUAAAAAUGGAUUGGUAUUGAUCUGGGACAAGAAAACAAGCUUGACCAUUAAACUCAGUCACUCCUUUCAGGGUACCAUCUGUGGAUUGUGUGGUAAUUAUGAUGGCAAUGUACACAAUGACUUUACAACCAGAAACCAGUUGGUGGUUGUAAACAAGGAGGAGUUUGGAAACAGCUGGAAGUUGUCACCUGCUUGUCCAAAUGUAAAGAAAAAUGAAGACCCUUGUUCAAUUAACCCUCAUCGAGAUGCAUGGGCUCAGAAACAGUGCAGCAUCCUCAAGGAUAAACCGUUUCUGGCUUGUAAUUCUCAGGUUAAUCCAACUCCAUAUUAUGAAGCUUGCGUACGGGAUGCAUGUGCCUGUGACUCUGGUGGAGAUUGUGAAUGUUUGUGUACAGCUAUUGCUGCUUACUCUUUGGCCUGCAGUACUGUUGGGGUGUGCAUUUCCUGGAGAAAUCCUGAAUUUUGUCCUCUGUUUUGUGACUAUUACAAUCCUGACGAUGAGUGUGAAUGGCACUAUGCACCUUGUGGCAUUCCCUGUUUGAAAACUUGCCGAAAUCCUGGUGGAGCGUGCUCCAAGAUUAUCCCCAAACUUGAAGGCUGCUACCCAGACUGUCCUGAUGAUAAGCCAUUUUUGGAUGAGGACAGAAUGAAAUGUGUUGAUUUGGACCACUGUCCCUGCUAUGUUAAUGGGAACCACUAUGAGCCAGGCCAUAUUGUGCCAAGCACUCAGAACUGUGAAUCAUGCUCACUCUUCGGGAGACCUCAGCUGCCUGUUCUUGACGAUGCUGCUACGGAUACUGAGGGACCUCCCUCAUUGCUUGCUCUUCCUGCAUUGGGCCAUGAUGCCAUCACUGCUGCUGCUACUGAAGCUGCUGCCUCCCUGAUCCCUCCUACUUCCCCAGAACGGUCCCGGGCAGAACUCACUCACAUGCUGAGAUACCACCACACCGAGCCGAGAUACAAUGAAACAUGGCUACUCUGUGAAUGUUUAAUGGCAACAUGCAUAGAAAAGAAUAUCAUUUCUAUACAACCUGUGGUCUGUCCAACUGUUGAACCUGUUGAAUGUGCCAAUGGCCAUGAACCUGUCAAAGUGUAUGACAAAAAUGGUUGUUGUUACCAUUAUGAGUGUGACUGCUACUGCAAUGGAUGGGGAGGCUCACAUUUUGUUACAUUUGAUGGCCAAUAUUACACCUAUGAUGGAAAUUGUACCUAUAUCCUUAUGGAAGAAACAAACCCAUCACCUACCAACUUUGGUAUUUACAUUGACAACUAUCACUGUGAUACUCAAGACAGUGUCUUGUGCCCACGUGCUAUUAUAGUGAAAUUUGAAGAACUAGAUAUACAGAUCACAAAUAUUGAUCCAACUGGAAUUCAGCACUGGGUAACUGUCAAUGACAGCAUUGUGUCACUACCCUAUUCAAGAGAUGAUGUGAAAAUCUCCAGCUCAGGCCUUAAUGUGAUGCUUGAAAUUCCUAAACUAAAGGCAUUUGUUACCUUCAAUGGUUUAGUUUUUUCAAUUAAACUUCCAAGUGAAAUAUUUGGAAAUAAUACACAGGGGCAGUGUGGGCAGGCAGUGGUAACUUCCGUGGGUAAAUCAGACCUGUGUAAUUUCACUCUCUGUACCAAGAGUUGCGAGACUAUAAAGUACACAGGCAAAUGUCAAACCACCACAGCACCUACCACCACUCCAUCCGAAAGUGCAACAACAGUUACAGUAACUCCCAGCUCCACAGAAACAACAAGAUGCUCUUGUCACGUGAAUGGCCAAGCAUUAUCACCUGGGCAGGCAGUGGUAACUUCCGUGGGUAAAUCAGACCUGUGUAAUUUCACUCUCUGUGCCAUGAGUUGCGAGAUUAUAAAUUACACAGGCAAAUGUCAAACCACCACAGCACCUACCACCACUCCAUCCGAAACUGCGACAACAGUAACAGUAACUCCCAGCUCCACAGAAACAACAAGAUGCUCUUGUCACGUGAAUGGCCACGCAUUAUCACCUGGGCAGGCAGUGGUCACUUCCGUGGGUAAAUCAGACCUGUGUAAUUUCACGCUCUGUACCAAGAGUUGCGAGAUUAUAAAGUACACAGGCAAAUGUCAAACCACCACAGCACCUGCCACCACUCCAUCCGAAAGUGCAACAACUGUAACAGUAACUCCCAGCUCCACAGAAACAACGAGGUGCUUUUGCGAUGUGAAUGGACGGACCUUCUCUCCUGGGGAGAUUGUAUAUCAUUCCCGAGACAAAGAAGGCUGGUGUUUUUAUGCAUUAUGUUCAGAAAACUGUCGUAUUGUGAAGUACAUGGAACCAUGUGGAAAACCCACAUCAUCCCUGCCAACUAUGGAGUCACCCACACCAACAACAAUGCCACCAGGAGGUUGCUCAGCUCUGCACCCUCCAAGAGCCGUGAAUGAAACUUGGAAGCUUGGAAAUUGUACAGUGGGAAUCUGUACAGGAAACAACAACGUUUCUGUGGUUCCAGUGAAGUGUCCACCCGUUAAUCCAGUUACAUGUCAAAAUGGACGGCAACCCAAAAGAGUUUACGAUCAGUCUGGCUGUUGUUAUCAGUAUAAAUGUGACUAUUGUAUAGCACCUGAUGGAAAACCAAUACAGGUUGGUGAAACAUGGCAACAUAAUUGUCAAGACUGUUCCUGCGACAAUGCAACGUUGAGCAUUGUUUGCAAACCCCACAAAUGCUCACUCGAACCACCAGUGGUAUGCAAAGGCCAAGGUUUUGUGCCAGUAGUCAAAAGAAAUGAAAGUGAUCCAUGCUGUCCUGUGACUAAGUGUGAAUGUAAUGUGACCCACUGUCCCACUUUGAAAUUUGAUUGCAAACCUGGAUAUGAACCAGUGUACCAUAUUAAUGAAGACAAAUGUUGUCCAAGUUACAAAUGCGAGCCAAAGCCAGUGUGUGUGUUCAAUGACACUGAGUACAAGCCAGGAAUGGUUAUUCCUCAGGGCCCCUGUGAGAACUGCAAAUGUACCAAUAAAACUGAUCCAUCAACACAGCACAAAACUAUUGAGUGUACUACCAUCCCUUGUGAUUCUCAUUGUCCACCAGGUUUUAAGUAUAAGGAGGUGAAAGGACAAUGCUGUGGGAAGUGUACACAGGUUGACUGUAUAAUUGAGGUCCCAAAUCAACCACCAAUAAUCCUCCAGCCUGGAGCUGUAAUGUCAGAUUCAAAGAACAAUUGCACUAAAUAUGAGUGUAAGAAAAUAGGAUCUCACUUUGUUCCAAACAUCUAUCAUCAAAGGUGUCCCCAACUGGAUCCUGAUAACUGUGAACCUGGAACAAUGCACAUGGACUCAGAUGGCUGUUGUCAGAAAUGUAUCCCAAAGACAUGUACAGUUUCUCAAACCACAACCUAUAUCAACCAUCAAGGAUGUCGAUCUAAACAAAACGUAUCGAUGACUUACUGCGAAGGGCGGUGUUUGACCUAUUCUAUGUAUUCUCCUGAGGCAAAUACGAUUUCUCAUAACUGCACCUGCUGUCAGGAAUUAGCGACUGGCAAGCAAAAUAUUACACUGAUUUGUCCAGAUGACACUACAAUUGAGUUCACCUACACCUAUGUGAAGAAUUGCGGCUGUGUAUCUACGAAAUGUUGAGAACCUACCAAGCACUUAUCAGAAACUCCAGCUCAUUUGGAGGACCCAAUACAUUUAAGAAAAAAGUGUAAAAAUGUCGAAAACAUGGUGUCUCGGAUAACCAAUAAAUGCAAAAUAGACCAAAUCUUUCAAUAGAAUUUUAAGCCAAAUGCUAAUAUGAAUAUAGAUGUUGGUGACAUGAAUUCUACGUACUUUAGAGUAAAUACUGCAAUAUAUUUUUCAUCAUUUCAUUUUCUUACAAUCAAUUCAAAAGUGUCCAUGCAGAAAUGAAAGGUUUACCUCACCUUCUCUAGAACAAAAUCCCUAUAUAUCAGUCAACUAAACAACAUGGCAGCACUGUUGAUCACAGCCUACAGUGAGAUGAAGAACAGCAAACUAUUGUUUCUAGUCUUAUUCUGAUGGCAGUGACUGCAGCUGUUGCUUUGAAACAAAAUAUUUUUUCAGAAAAUCUGAAAAGUUUGAAAUACUUGAGUUGCAGAGCUAUGGUGAGAGAUGUCCUAUAAAAAUGGAGUUUCAGCAACUCCACAUUGCAAUCGCAAUAAAUGGCUUAAACUUACUCCUCUAGAUGAGGUUAGGCAUUCCAAUUACAGCCAUGACUCUCAAUUUCUACCUAUUCCUUUAGGUUAAUGGUAAACACAGUGUCACCUCACCCUGUUUUUUUCAUGCAUGGUAUGUCUGCAUUCUCAGUACAUGUUAGCUUCUUCUUUGAGCUUUACUGUGAACUUUUCUUUUUGUCAUGAUACUACUGGUCAAUAAAAGGAGUUAACUGCA